UUCCUCGGCUGGAGCUUUGGGGAGAGAGGGAGGAGCUACUUUGUUUUCGCCUCCGGACGCUGGAGCUUCCCCGCCAAACCCACCCGUUCAGACUGGAAAGGACUUGGCCGGCGAAAUGUCUUCUACUGUGACAGAUUGUGGAAAUGUAAGGAUCAUCACACAGGUCAUCCCACAGACGGGUCCGCAGUCAGCAGAGGCUCCUCCUGUCACAAUGCUUGGGUCAACUUCGUCACAAAUGAUAUCACCCGAGCCGAAAAAGCUCAAGAAUAUACAACCAAAAGCACUUGGAGCGGUACUGAUUGUUCUGGGGGCUACACAGAUAAGCUUUGGCAUUCUCCUGACUGUAGUGCAGCAUAAUUUUGAGAGCCUCACCGUGAAAAGUGGUGUCUACUUCUGGAUUGGGAUCUUGUUACUGUUUGCUGGGUCAUUGCUUGUGGAAAUGGAGAAAAGAGAACAUAUUUGGCUGGUGAAAGCAGUUCUCAUCGCCAACUUCCUCGUCAUUCUUUCUGCCCUGAUUGCAACAGUCCUCCAUGCUGUAGAAAUUGCACAAGAGAAAAGGAUUUCAACUGUAUGCAAUGUUUAUGGGUAUUGCCGUUCUAACACGAAUCUGGCAUAUGGGCUCAAUGGGGCCUUUAUCAUCCUUUCAUUCCUUGAAAUAUCCAUAGCGGUCACUGCCGUGGUGACUGCAUUCAGAGCCACAAGACAGGAGGUCUAUCAGUGGAUGAAACUGUAAUUCCUUUCACACCACCUGUUGUAGUAUUGAGCAUCAACAUUAUUUCUUUGCUGGAUGCUAAGUGGCUGGGAACGCCUCUCCAUCUUUCCAAGGCAGAACACAGUCAUGAAAAGAAGUCUCCUCUAAAUUCUGAUGGCUUUUUGCAUUGUAUGCCCCUCUCUUUAGAAAACAAACUCAGGAUUUGCCUGUGAAGGAGGGAAGGAAUCAACAAGCUCUUCCUAAAAUUGACAUGUUAGAUUGGAACUCAAAAUCUGUGUGAAAGUUUUUUUUUAAUGUCUAGCAAAUGACCAUACAUUUGAGAGUGGGGGUUGUGAGUUUGUUGAAGUAGUUGUUUAAUUAUCAUGCAGCAAAUCACUUGGUAAAUAUUUCCUGUGAAGCCCUGUCACAAAAAACCCUCUUUAUCAAAACCUCAACCAUUUUGUUUCAGAGGGUCCUUCCACACAGCCAUAUUACCCAGAAUCUCAAGGCAGAAAAUUCCACAAUAUCUGCUUUGAACUGUGUUAUCUGAGUCCACGCUGCCAUAUAUUCCUGUUCAAAGCAGAUGUGGAAUUUUAUUCACUUGUGUGUAAAGGGUCAGAGAAGAAAAAGAAAUAUAUCUUUAUCUACCUUCCAUUCUGUAGCUUGCACUAACAUUUUAAGGCUGCAGUGGUGUAUAUACUUGUUUCUGAAGAAGCUACUGAAUUUAAUAAAAUUUAUUUCUAAGUAGAUAUCUGUACUAUUUCCCAUUAAGGCUAAAAUCUUAUGCAAGAACAGUGCUUUGAUUUUCCUGCCUGGCAGAAUGAGGUUGGACUGGAUGGCCGUCUUCCAAUUUUUUGAUCCUAUGAUUCUAUGAAAUGCCACUGACUGCAAUGGAGCUUAUUUCUGAACAGCCAUGCAUAGGAUCAGGCAAUGAAGGAAAGAGUACUGAACCAUUCCCUUCUCUGAGUAGAGUGGCAAAAGACUCAUUAAGUCAUUCAGUUCAGUGACUGAGCCAUUUAACAUUUGUACCGUCCUGACUGGUUAGUGCUGCUCUAUGGUUUGCUUUCUGGAGGCAGGAGAAAUAAAACAUUAGUGCACAGUUUAUACACUUCACAAAUGAAGAGAUAAGACUUUUCCUCUGAGACUUUCCUAAAUAUAUCUCCUUGAUAUGCCAGUUUUGUAUGUGCAAGAUCUCUUUCAGCUCAGGGAAAAUGCAGGCAUGCCAUCUGCUCCAUCUCACUGCCUACAUCCUGAAUAACACACACUAGGAAAAACGUUGUGGCAGUCUUUGUAUUCACACACACUUAAUUCCCAUAGACCCCUGACUGGCUGUGCUGGCUGAGGGAUAGGAGUUAUAUAGACUGGCACAUAAAGAGAGAAGGCAAUUUCUACUAGAUGUGGAAAUUAGUCAGGCAUUACACUUACAGUAGCAUUUAUACUGUAGAAUUAAUGCAGUUUGACAACACUUUAACUGCUGUGGCUGGAUGCUAUGGAAUCAUGGAAGCUGUGAUUUCUGAAGGUCUUUGACCUUUUCUGCCAAAGAGUGACUGGUGCCUCGCCAAACUACAAAACCCAGGAAUCCAUAGCAUUAAAUCCUGGCAGUGAAAGUGGUGUCAAACUGUGUUCAUUCUCUGUGUGAUGAAUCCUAUAUCUGAUUCUUUUUUUCUAUAAUUUCAGUGAAAAUUCAGUAUUUUGUUUCUCCUUAUGAUACAUUUUAAGUCCAACACACCUGGAGGGCCCAAGUUUGCCCGUGCCUGCUCGAAAGGAAACCAUCAAGAUAUCAAGAACCUUUGCACUUACAAUGUACAAAUAAUAAAACCAUACUACUGCAUACAUUUGAAUUAUGUAUAGAAAUGAGCACUUAGCCUAAGCCUCUGCACUAAUAUUGCCCUGAAGAAUGCAUUGCUGGCAUUAUGUGUUUAUAUUUGGAUCUAGACCAAGCCAAUUUCCAAAUAUGUUUAAAUUGUAUUUUGGGGUUCGGUUUUUAAGAGUAUCUAAUAUGAAUAGCACUUCCCUCCUAUUUGUCUUCUGCAUUUGUAUUAGUGUUUAAAGUCCUCUUCCCCAAAAAUAAAUGGAACUUGUUUUUUUCUAUGUGUUUCUCUUUGUACAUUCAUAUGUAGAAAGAGACACUUCAAGCAUGGGAGUUGUGAUUUUACAAGGCCUUUAGCCUUCUCGGCUGGGAGUGCAGGUGCCUUAACAAACGACAACCCCCAUCUUUCCAUAGCAUUGAGCCAGGCCAGUUAAAGUGGUGUCAAAUUGCAUUCCUUCCUCAGUAUGGAUGCAGCCGAUGUUCUACCCCGGCAGAACCCUUGAGAGGGCAGAUAGUAAAUAUAAAGCUUUACAUUGUUUUAAAAUGUAUUUUCAUAUUUUAUAUUCCAUGACACAAAGGUUUUAUUUUUAUAUUCACAUUGUAAGCAUUUGUUUUAUGUUUAUUGUAUCAUGUUUGCUAUUAGCGGCCUUGAGUCCCUGUAUUGGGAGAAAGAAAGCCAAGAUAAAAAUAAAGCAAGACAAUAAAUACAA